AUGGAUGUGAGCUUUAGAUAUAUCGAAUGGAAGAAAGGCGAUUACAAAGGGCACUGGCUCAUCAGUUACUUCAAUAACGCUAUGGCUUUUGCCAUCGGGUACGUUCCUAUCAUAGGGCCAUUAUUGGCUAUUGGGUGGAGUGUUGCCUACACCGCGAUCGCCCAGCCGGAUGAAUUUGCAGAUGAGUUGCGGGAGCAGAUCCCCUCGGUAGAGCUUCUUGAGGGGUUCGUGACCGAAAUCAAGAAGCUAGCAGAAGACGGAGAGGGGGUGGUGCAGGACGGAAUCGAUGUGAAGAAACUCAGUGGUGUCGAGACAAAGAUAUCGAACGCCAGUCCCCUGGACGACAAGAAAGAUGCGGUACAGGCAAAACCGGCCGCCGUUGUGGAGAAGCCGACUGGUGAAGAUGAACAGCCCCCCACGCAGGAGGACGACGAAAAGACUCUUACCCAGGCAGAUCGGAUUUCUCGAAUGAUCAGCAGGAUGAAGUCAACAUCCGAUGCUGAUACCAAGAGAUUGUUUAUGAUGAGCUACAGUAAAUUGGACCAAUUGGGCUUGCUAACGGAAGAGAUUCUCCACAAACUUGAGUGCGCAGAGGACCCUUUUUACGAACCUCCCGGUAAUGAACGAUGGGAUCAUGAAGGAAACUUCAUUGAGGAGCUACCCAGUGCCGACGAAAGAUACGCCAAGAUAGCGCGAGGUUUAUUCAUUCAGAUGCAUGGAAAAAGGCUCGACCAGGCAAUGAAAAUUUGA